CCUGGCACGUCAUGUCAACCUCCAAGUCCAAGCUCCAUCGUAGCUUGAUCGUAUACACUCCUGCACGCGUGAACUCGAAGAUAAUAGCCACACUGUAACGGUGGCUGCUCUGAGACUAUCAAGAAAGUCUCCCUUCUAUUUCACCCACCUCCGAACAUAUUACUGGGCAUUGCACCCCCCAGCAUACCGGGUAUGUUCUGCUUAUGCUUGCUCGAAGGAGUACACAGCACUCGACAGUUUUAACAAGACAGACCGACGCAGCCCAGGUUCUUCACACGACCAUCCACCAUGCCGACCUACCUCACCAUUGACGGUCCCUAUUUCAAAGACGAACACAACCGUCUAGUGACGCUUCGGGGAAUCAAUGUCGCCGGUGACACGAAGAUGCCGACUCGGCCCAACCAGCUCUCACACAUACCCGACGACUUCUACGACGGCGACAACGUAUCAUUUGUUGGACGACCCUUCCCGCUUGCGGAGGCCGAUAUUCACUUCCAGCGGCUGAGGAACUACGGUUAUAACACCAUCCGGUACCUGUUCACAUGGGAGGCGAUCGAAGCCAAAGGUCCGGGGCGGUACGAUGAGGACUGGGUCGAGAGCACCAUCCAGAUCCUGCGGAAGGCCAAAGAAUACGACUUCAUGGUGUUUAUGGACCCUCACCAAGACGUAUGGUCUCGUUUCUCUGGAGGUUCCGGCGCGCCCAUGUGGACGCUCUAUGCGAUGGGAUUGAAUCCGCAGGCGUUCGAUGCGACGGAAGCUGCAUUGGUCCACAAUACCUAUCCUGAACCUGCGGAGUUCCCAAAGAUGAUCUGGUCCACCAACUAUCAGAGGAUGGCGAAUCAGGUGGCUUGGACAUUAUUCUUUGCGGGACGGGAUUUCGCGCCGAAGGCUAUCAUCAACGGGAAGAAUAUCCAGGAUUAUCUGCAAGAUCACUUCAUCGGCGCUUGCACCCACCUAGCCCAGAGAAUUCACGAGGCCGGAGACUUAGAGGACUGCCCCAUUAUCGGUUGGGAAUCGAUCAAUGAACCGAACAGAGGAUUGGUCGGGUACCAGGCGCUCGACAAAAUUCCGGUGGAACAGAAGCUUCAGAAGGGAACGUCACCGACAGCAUGGCAGGCGAUUCUGACCGGAAGUGGGCGGGCUUGUGAAAUCGAUACCUGGGACUUCGGCGGUACCGGUCCGUUCAAAACUGGCAAAGCCCUUGUCGACCCUAAGGGUAUCAAGGCGUGGCUACCGGCUGAAUAUGACGACUCUCGAUACGGAUGGAAGCGCGAUCCUGGUUGGAAACUCGGCGAAUGUAUUUGGGCGCAGCAUGGAGUGUGGGAUCCGGAGACGGAUACGCUUCUCAAGACCGAUUACUUCUCCAAGACUGCUGACGGGCGGGACUUGGACGCCGUGGCGUUCACCAAUACGUUCUUCAUGGACUACUACAGGACGUAUGCAAAGGCUUUGAGGUCUAUCCACAAGAAUGCUAUUCUUUUCUGCCAGCCACCUGUUCUUGAGAUCCCUCCUGUCAUCAAGGGAACCGAGGACAUCCACGAUCGCUUCGUUUAUGCACCUCAUUAUUAUGACGGAAUCACGCUCAUGACCAAGAAAUGGAACCGGCUGUGGAACAUCGACGUUCUUGGAGUUCUACGCGGGCGGUAUCUCACUCCGGCGUUCGCCAUCAGAAUCGGCGAGACCGCGAUCCGUAACUGCCUCCGUGAUCAACUAAAAGCCAUAAUCCAAGAAGGUCAAGACAACAUCGGCAACACGCCCUGUGUCUUCACCGAGAUCGGCAUACCCUACGAUAUGGACGGCAGGGCCGCCUACAAGACCGGCGACUUCAUCUCUCAGAUCCGGGCCUUGGACGCGAACCACUACGCAUUGGAAGGCGCCCGUGCAGGGUACACGCUGUGGGUAUAUACAGCCAACAACAACCACCAGUGGGGCGACAACUGGAAUGGCGAGGACCUAAGCAUCUUCUCACUCGACGACCGCGAUCCUCACUCGCAGGCUGAGGAUCACUCUUCGAAGACCGAUGAGGUUGACCAGGAUAACCUCAAGCGGGCCAUGACAAAGAAUACUAUGUCGACAGACCGCAGCACGCUGCAGGACGAUGUGCAAGCUACCAGAGCGGCGGAGGCGUUUGUUCGCCCAUCGCCAGUAUACACCAACGGCACCAUCAUCGAGUCCGGCUUCGACCUUGAUAAGGUUACUUUCACACUCAAGCUCGCGGCGGAUAAGGCGACCGAUGAGGACUGGCCCACUGAAAUGUUUAUGCCGCCGUUCCACUUCCCGAAGGAAGAGACGGAGGUGGUGGUGACGGGCGGUAAAUGGGAGUAUGAUGCCGAGAGGAGCGUCUUGCGGUGGUGGCACAUGGAAGGCGAGCAAGAGAUCAAGGUCAAGGGUGUUGGGCGGAGAAAGAUCUGGGGUGGUGAGGAGGAGGGAUAUUAUGAGAUGUUCGCUAGAAAUUAUGGCACCAUUGGGCAGUGUUCGGUUAUGUGAUUUGCCAUUCAUUUCUUGUCUGCUUUGUUUUGCGUUUUGCUUUGCUAUUAUUUUGAUUGCCGUUAGGAUAUCAAGCAUGGAAGGAAGGGAGAUGUGGUAGUAGCUAGAUGCUGGACAAAGAUGAUGAUUUGAUGAUCGAUGAUUUU